GGCGGAAUAAAGGCUGUAGUGGGCACAGAUGUGUUUCAAACUGCGGUUAUGUUUGCGAUGAUGAUAGCAGUGGUUGCCAAAGGGGUAUACGAUUUGGGCGGACCGCAGGCCGUGUGGGACAUAAAUACUCGCUACGAUCGUACCGAGAUGUUUAAUUUUAAUCCGGAUCCGUUUGUGCGGCACACGUUUUGGUCAGUUCUGAUUGGCCAACUGUUCUACUGGGGCAACAUCUACUCGACCAAUCAGGCUUUGGUACAACGCUGUAUAGCGCUGCCCACCCUUAGAAAGGCCCAGAUAGCUUUGUUAAUCGUGUGGCCCCUGAAGACCAUGAUCGUAUUUUUGUGCUUAGUUGCCGGGGCCAUAGUGUUCGCCCGGUAUAACCAGUGCGACCCGAUGUCUGUUAAGCAAAUCCAACGUCCGGACCAACUGUUGCCGUUGUAUGUAAUAGAGAUGUUCGCAGAUAUACCGGGUUUUGUUGGUUUAUUUAUUGCCGGUGUGUUCAGCGGAUCGCUCAGCACAAUCUCAUCGGGUGUGAACUCACUGGCGGCGGUCACUCUACAGGACUACAUACGGCCACUACUGCCGGACGGCAAGCUGUCCGACUCGGCCGCCACUCUAUACGUCAAAUUAGUAUCCGUUUUCUACGGUCUACUCUCGAUAUUACUAGUGCUGGUGGCCCAGCAAAUGGGCAAUAUAAUACAGGCUACCAUAACUUUGUUUGGGCUGCUAGGGUCGCCAGUGUUUGGCUUGUUUACCCUGGGCAUGUUUGUGCCCGCGGCCAACCCUAAAGGUGCAUUUUGGGGUACUCUAAUUGGUAUUGGUUGUUCGUUGUGGGUAGGGGUGGGCGCCAUGAUAUACAGGCCUUAUAUACCGCAAAAGCCCGUAUCGGUGGCCAGUUGUGUGGCGUUGUAUAAAAACGUAACGCAUAGUACGUAUAGCCCGGAGCUGUUUGGACAGCCAUCCGACGAGGAUUUACACAAAAAUUCGGACAUACCAUUAAUAUACCAGAUAUCGUACCAAUGCUACGGUGUAAUCGGAACAGUGGUCACAAUAAUAGCCGGAUAUCUCAUAUCCCUCAUCACCGGUCGGACAUCAAUCGCUGAUUUGGACGCAACACUAUUCACGCCAGUAGUCCGGCGCCGGAUAGAGAGGUUACAGAGGGCUCGUAUCGAGAAUUAUAUACUUAAGGCCGGCUCAAAAAAGGCUAAGAAAGUGAUAGCCCGAGCGUUGGCGCCCAAUGGCGACGGACAGUCGCCGACCGCUAAA